AUGGGCACAACACUACAGCAGCACUCGGGGAGGAUCAUGGAAGACGGAACCAGUCCUCUACUGGUAGAAAGCAACACUGAUGAAGCCAAGAGAGUCCAGGACGAGGCUAAGAGCACCCUGCAGCAGAGAUAUCCGACUCUUGUUGACAUGGCAGCGAUAGACAUACUGAAAGUUUUUGGAGCUAUGGGAGAGGCACGACUGGAGAUUGCUGAAUUAUGCAUUUCGAUAUCUUUUCCUGUUGUCAUUCUGCAAUGCCGCUCUUUAACGAAUCUUCUGAAAUCUCUAUCCGCAUUCGAUGACUAUGGAAAUGUACCCGAGAUGACUUGGCAUUCACGGAAUCUCUCUAUGUUGGGGAACUUGGAAAAUGGAUUUGGCCACACGUGGAGAUACAAAUGGAUUCUUGUAUUCGAACGAUGGAGAAAGCAGGCCAAGGAUCAUCAGUGGCUUAGCGACAAGAUUGACGACUUGAAAAGCAACAUUGCCCACAUCCGGCCCAUUUUUCUCUCUAUCAAAGAGGCCUUUGUGCAGAUUGACUGGAUGGCUGGGACGUCUCUGGUUGACUUGCUGUCGGACAUUCAAGACACUUUUGACAUGUUCGAGCGUAACCUGGCGGAAUGUGCGGCAAAGGCCGAUGAGUUGCGGGUUGAACAAGGUAAAAUUGAUUUGUUAGACCCUGACUCGUCUUUUGCCAAUACUAAUCCCUGGCCAGAGCGUCCUAAACACCUCUCACCAUUCGUCAAUUCUUCUAGCGCUGAAUCAUGGUCGAGCGGUUCCAACAUUCCAUCAGGCGGCAUCACCCAGAGGACAUCAUUCGGGAGAGAUGGGAACAGUACUACAGCCCAUGUGGAGAACGGUCCUCCCAAGCCCAAGGAAAGGCGAUUGACGAAGCUACGACAGCGCCUUAGCAUCAACCCGGACGCACGUGAAAAUCAUUGGACAACUCUCUUUGGACUUGGCAAAUCACCCGUUGUCCUGAUCCUCAUGGCAGCAAUGCCACCGACCAUCUACUCUACCAUCUUAUGCGGACCUCCGGACGUAGUACCUGCAUUGGACAGCAACUUCUACUCAACGCUGAGUCAGUUCAUCUCAUCACUCGCGGGCCUGUACGUUAUCGUGAAGCCGCUGUUCAACAGGAAUAAGAAGGAUGAGAUCAAGACGAGCUUUCCCAAGACGUUCUACACGAUGCUCACACUUUCACUGCUGACGAGUCUGACGAGCGCUGUCACGUAUGCUUGGAGCCCAGCGGCUAGUAUUCCGCUGGCCUACGUGUCUGGACUGACGCUCAAUAUCGCGACUCUUCUGAUCAUCCAGGACUCGGGAAAUCAGAUCAAAGAGACUAAUAGAUAUAAUGAGGACUUGGUAUUUGCUGUCAAUGAGUUGGAAAUGGAGCUGGCGGAGAAUCGGGCUGAGAGAUCGUAA